AUGUUUUCAGCCGAAUUAAACCUGGUGAAAACUGAGAUGCAGACCAUAACUAACAUGCUCCAGGCCUCAGAAGAGGACAUGAUUGACUUGAAACAAGGCAUGCAAGCCCAAGCUGAGUCACUGCAGCACCUGCAAACCCUGCACUCUCAACUAACCACCAGAGUGGACCUUCUGGAAGAUAAAG